UUCCAUCGCGCUCCUGGAGGGAAAAAAAGCGACUUCUCUGCUGGACAGCGUGUACCAAAGACCCUCACACACUCACACCAUCACAGUCAAGGACAUAUGUGAGCCAGGAGAUUUUUCAGCGUGGAGUCUACAUCCAGGAUUCAGGAAUUGUUGCCUAUGUCAAGUCAAUUGUUUGGAAACUAAAUAAACAAUGCACUCUGCUGGUGACAACUAAUGACCCAACAUGAGUCACCGACGGGGUGAUCGUCAACUGUCAUCGGUUCUGUGGUCUUCUCAGGAGGGACAAAGUCCGGUAAGCUGCGCGAUUCUCACCCAUGGAGCGAUAAGCGUCUCUCGGUCACCUUCUGAAAUGAUGUCUUGUGGCGACGUGCGAGGCGCGCCAGAGUGCGUGUGAGUGACUGACCGAUAGUCUGGAUAUAAACAGCAGCCAGGCUUUCAGGCAGCGACAGCCAGGCACCCAGAGCAGCCAUCUCGCCUCUCGCUCAGCUCCUCAGACCCAUGCAGGAUGCCCGGAGAGCGCCGGGGAGUCCUGGUCCAGCUCUGCCGGAGUUCAUGACGCUCUGGGCGGCCUCGUCAUGCGUCUCUUGCCCGAGCCCAGCGCCCAGUCCCUCCGGCUCCUCUUCCUCUUUAUCUUCGUGAUGGGGGUGACCCCUUCCCCGGCUCUCACAGCCGGCUGCCCCGAUAGAUGCGUGUGCGACGACCAGCUGGUGGUCCAGUGCGCCGGGCAGGAGCUCACCCAGUUCCCCAAUGACCUGCCCCUGGCCACCAGGCAGCUCAUCAUCUCUAACAACCGCAUUGGGGACCUCCCGGCGCUGCAGCUCAACUACUUGUCCGAUCUGGUCUAUUUGGACUGCAGCAACAACUCUCUAACAGAGAUCUCCGAGUCCACCUUCGGGAAUUUGCGGAAACUCGCCUACCUCGACUUGUCGUUCAACACCCUGCUGCAGAUCGAGGACCGGACUUUCGGGCCCCUGGCGUCUCUGGUGAUGCUGCGGCUGACGGAUAACCCGUGUUUGGGGGAAAUCCACCCGGAUGCCUUCUCGGAGAACAUGGCUCUGCAGGUGCUGGACGUGAGCCGGAACAACCUGACGGCCCUGAACAUCAGCAGCCUGAUCGCCUUGCCUGCUCUGAGGUCUCUGGGGCUCAGCGGAAACCCCUGGAGCUGCGACUGUGACACGGAGGACCUCUGCCUGUGGGUGCAGAUAGAGGGCUUCAAGUUCCAAGAUGAAGGCCAGACGGUUUGCCACAGUCCCCCAGAGCUGGCGGGCCAGCGUUUGGCGGAGGUCGGCAUGCAGCUGCGGGCAGACUGCCACCAAGGCCUGGGCUACUGGGACUACCUCUUCUUCAUCGCCAUCGGCUUCGUCAUCUUCUCCGCCGGCACGGUGUCGGCCUGGGUGAUGGGCGUGCUCAUGGUGCUGUACGAGCGCUACAGCAAGAGGAAGAGCGAGGAGCUGGACAGCGAUGACGAGGAUGACAGGGGAGGGAUGGGCGGAGGAGGAGGAGGAGGAGGAGGAGGGAACCAGGGGAAUGGGGAUCUGAGCAAGCCUAACAUGCAGGUGUGA